GCGCAUUUUCUCACCAUUCAUCUGCUUCAGCGGUUGGAUGAACGGCCGGAGAGUCACAGUGUCAGAAAGAGGAGAUUCCAGCUGAAAUAAACAUGAAAUAACGACAGAAGGGGGAUUCAUAUCUAAAGCGACGCAGCGUUUCCUCACCUGGGUCACUUAAGUUAGUUUUUUUCGUUGCAGAGUUCGGCUUUCGUCCUUCGAAAAACCGGAUUAAUUUGAAUUAUGAGUUUAAUAUCGCUCGCUACGUUUUCGCGAAGGAACGAUUAAAAAAAAAUCGCGACCAGAUCUCUCGCGUCGGACCACGUUUAACGACAGGAACAUGGCAAAAAAUAUCAUAGACGUCCCGAGGGAUGAUUUUAGUAAGAUAUCGGAUGAAGAACUGCUUAAAUGCAGCAAAGAGGAGCUGCUUAGGAGACUCCGGAAAGUGGAUAGUGAAAAGAUUAACUUGAUGCUGGAACACGGGAACAUGAUGAAGGACGUCAACCGGAGAUUACAAGUGCAUCUCCACGAAAUACGGAGCUUGAAGGAGGUCAACCAGAAACUGCAGGAAGACAACCAGGAGCUUAGAGAACUGUGCUGUUUCUUGGAUGAUGAUCGGCAGAAAGGGAAGAAGCUGUCCAGGGAAUGGCAGAGGUUCGGCAGGUACACCGCCAGUGUUAUGUGGAAGGAGGUUGGUAUAUUCCAGCAAAAACUGAAAGACCUUGAAACCAACCAGGAGAGUGUGAUGAGAGAAAAUGUGGAGCUGAAGGAGAUCAUCCUCAUGUUAGAUGAUGAGAGGAACGGAGCCGGAUCUAGGAGCUCCAUAGACAGCCAAUCCAGUCUGACCAAUCUGAACGGAGGUUCUGCUACUGUGAGGGAUGUUGGAGAUGGGAGCAGUACCUCUAGCACGGGCAGCGCUGGAAGUCCCGAUCACCACCACAGCCAUAUUCACAAACCUUCAGAGGGAAAGAUAAUGUCUAUCAGGAGGUCUAUGGAUGAUCUAUCAGCCAACCAUCUUCUCAGAAGCAUACCGAAUGGGCACAAUGAUUCAUCUUCAAGCUACAUCCGCCAACUUGAGACUAAAGUCCGGAUUUUAGAGGAUGACAACAAGCAAUUGUUAUCUCAGCAGGGGAACAUGGGAGAUCUGAAGACACUUCGGAAAGGGCUGUCCCUGUAUCACUCAGAGUCCCAGCUCUCCUCGCUAUCCCAGUUUCAGGACACUUUACAGAAUGGGUCUGUGCGGAUGCCAGGAGGUGAUCUGCCACCCGCCGUCACAGGAUACCUGCCGGCUGCGCAGAAACCAGAGGCUGUUGUUCAUGCCAUGAAAGUAUUAGAAGUCCAUGAGAACCUAGACAGGAAGAUCCCGGAGGACUACGAGGAGGAUCUCAGUGAGAAAGAGAAAGCCAUUGUCAGAGAGAUGUGUAACGUGGUGUGGCGUAAGCUCGGCGAUGCAGCGGGAUCCAAACCCUCCAUCCGCCAACAUCUCUCUGGGAACCAGUUCAAAGGCCCUUUGUAGCUUCCAUGUCAAUGACCAGCAGGGCCUCGAACAAACAAACAAAUCUGUGAAUAUGACAGGAGCAACAGACUCAGAACUGGCAACUUCGGGAAACGACACAAAGAACUUUGCUUCUACUGCCAGCUUCGUUCAGCCCGUGGCAUUCAGUUGAGACAUUUCAAACCUAUUACUUAUGAUGCCAGGUGGUAAUUAAAUAUAUAAUGGUCUCACAAUUAGCACAAGCUAAAUCAUAGCUCUAUUUAUGUGCGCACCAUCCAAGUAUUCACACAAGGCAGCUUAAUGGAUUCUUUUCCCGUUCCAGAUAAGGAAUGAAAGCACACAGCUCUUACGCAGAUAAAUACUCCACAGAGAUACUCCUACAAGAUAGAUCCUUUCCACUCUUAAAAGCUUUUUGAUUUUGGCAUAAGACCACUCCAUAUUAUUCAAUUAUUCAAAGCCUUUUUUUUUUUACAUUUUGCACUACCUUUAAAAAGUUUGGGUUGUACGAUUUAUUUUUUUUUUAUGGAUGACGUUGAAAUUAUAAACAGGCAGGCUGCAUUUAUUUGCUAUAACAUACAGUGAUAUUUUGUGAUAAUACAUUAAUAUUGUAAAAUAUUAUUACAUUUUAAAAUAGCUGUUCUCUUUUUCCGGAGCUGGAAUAUUUCAGCAGUUAUUACUCCAGUCUUUAGUGUCACAUGAUCCUCCAGAAAUCAUUUUAAUGUGUUGCUUUGAUGUUCAGGAAACAUUUCUCAUAAUUAUCAGUAAUACAUUUCUUACAAUUAUCAUUGUAUAAUCAUUUACAAUUGAAGCUUUUCAUUCUCUGCUACAUUUAAUGCAUCCUUGCCGGAUAAAAUAUUCUGGACCCCAAACUUUCAAACAGUUGUUUUAUAUAUAUUUUUUGACUUGAGCCACUCCCAUCACAUUAGAAUAUGGCAUGCUCUUAUCAUUGCAAUUAAACCUAAACAAGAAUCGUGUUACCUAUACAUUUACCAGACAUUGAUUAUUAAUAAGUUCUAUUUAUUCAUUAGUGUUAAUUACGGACCGUUAACAUAGCUGAAAAACAAAACAUGAAGGUAAGCCUUUUUAAUAAAAAAAAAAAAAAAAAAAAAGUCUUUAUAUCAGGUGGUUUAUGAAUAACAUAUUUUCUCAGGUUCCCAGAAAUACAUAUUCUAUAACAAUACUGUAUACUUUGUGUGAAUACAUCCUGAAACCUGGAAAUGUUCAAAGGAUAUAUGCAGGCCAGCCCAUGAGUUUAAGCAUUUAAUUACAGUUUUUUUUCCCCAGACGUUUCUUAUAAAUGCCAGCUCAACUCAAAGCAUAUUACUUUCCAAAUUGACAAUCGUUAAUAAUGAAGCUGCUUUCCGUGACUUCACCUUGUAAUUAAACAAAUGAAAGUAGAUGGAGUCAAAAUAUCUUGGAACGUGUCCCGAUGCAGUGCUUUUGAUCGUAUACGAGACCUUAGUAUCGAUAAAUGAAGAGUUUCUGGCACUCAGGCCGUCCAAGAUGUAGAUGAGUUUUCAGAUAUUAAUAAAUGUAGCAUUACAUCACUCCCUCACAAAAUGAUCCUUUGUAGUGAAUGGGUGCCAUCAGAAUGAAAGCCACUGCAAUGUUUGAAAGUCAAAAUGCCUUAGUAAUGGAUUUGUUUCUCAUAAACAAUCAAUGUUUUGCUUCACAUUUUGACUCUCAUUCUGACGGCACCCAUUCACUGCAAAGUGUACACUAGUGAACAUGUGAUGCGAAAUGUUUUAAAAUCUGUUCCAAACACAUAGCAUGGCCUGAGUGUGGGUUCAUUUUCAGCAAUUUUUCAUUUCCUUUAAAUCAGUUUUAGGUCUACAAAUUGAGUUCUGUGUGAAAAGAACUGGAGCAGUAUUUCAGGUCCUAGAUACUGAAUAGGUGCAAUAGAGAAACUCUGCGCUGGAUGAAUGCGAGUAUGGAAGCGAUGCGUGUUUUCUGUUUAGCCUGAGGUUUAAUCAGUGCGCUAUUUCAAAAAAAGCAUUUUAAUGUCGUAACCGGAGCUUGUAAAGUACCUCAGCCAGUCACUCUUUUACCAAGCUUAACAUUUCUGCUUAAACUGAAUGAGAUCAGACCAUACAAGUACGUGCUGAUGAAAACUGGAUCGGUUGUAAUGUUUGCAUUAUUAAUAAUAAGCUUCUUUUGCUGAAUUUUGUGUAAAGCGUCUAAUUCUGCUUUAUAGGCCUAGUUCAUGAGACCGUCAGGCAACACCUUUUAUGUGCUUACUGUACGUGACAUAUAGCGAAGUCUUAUGAAUGAAAGUGAACGAGAAAGCAGUAAAUGAGAUGUAUUUUGACUUUUAUGUAUUAUAAUUCAGAUUCACUGUCUGUGUAAACAAGAACUGUCUCAAAAGAUGCUUGCUGCAUUCACACAAAAGCUCUUUUUUAAAAAAACAGUGACCCGAUAAGCCAUAAUUUUGUAUUGUUUGUUUAAAUCUAAGCUAUUUUGAGCAUUGCCGAAAUCCCUCUGCCGAUCUAGUUAUUUUUGUAUUAAAGUUGUGUGGAUAUUUCAUUGAAAUCGCGUAUUUAUGAGAGCAGAGAACAGUUCUAGACCGAAAUCACUUUCGUAUUGGAUGUUUUUUUUUCACACUGGAUGCAGCAGGUGGCUUUUGGCGGUAUGUUUUUUUUUUUUUUUUUUUUUGUGUGACGUUUAAUCAAACAAAAUGAGCAGCAAACAUUUGAACAAGUAAAGAAAAUAGUUGCAUAUUUUUAUGAAAAAGGAUACGUUAUGAAUUUGGGUCAGUAAAACCGCGUGUGCUGUUAACAACGCAGUAAAUAUUGUCUUUGCUAUGCUGUGAAGUGUUUCAUGCGAACACGAUACCUAAAUCAUUGGUGUUGGUCUACACGCAUACGUUAAAACUAUUUUUGAAAACCAGUUAAAAGUGUCCUUUAUAAACAGGUCUACAAUACACAACUACUGAUUUUAUUCUUUUUGUAUUUGUUCAGUUUAAAGCACAAAAAAAAAAAAAUCUCAAAUGCUGAUAUUUUCCUGUUUUCUUUUCAAAUGCACUGCUUCUUUUGUGAAUGAGGAUUUGAUGUUUGAAUCUUUCAUGAAAUUCAAUGUUCUGUGUAGCUCAUCUGUACGUGAAAACACAUGAAGUUGUAUUCUAGGACAUACGAUUCAGCUCAAUGUAAAUAACUACUAUUACUGUAGAAUACCUGUAACUAGCAUGCGUUUAUAUAUUUUUAAUAAGCUGUAUGUAGCUGAGAAUGGACCUGUAUUUUAGCUAAUAAAAAAUUCUAAAUAAAUUGCAAAUAACCCUCUUGUAGAUUUGAAAUAAACCUGAAUCCUCUUUGUA